AUGUACUCCUGGAACACCACCAUUGAUGAUACCAGUUCCGCAAUAUUAUUUACUCCUUACUCUGAAGGUCCCAUCGAAAGUGGGUGGGCGGGCUGGUUUCAGGGCUCUGUCACGCAGUUUGCGUCUACUGGUGGAGAGCAAGCUAUUGGAGACUCCCUGCACAUCACAUCCUUUCCGGGAGCUAGCUUGCAACUACAAUUUAACGGGACUGCUAUUUAUCUAUAUGGCAAAGCGAACUGCACAUAUACUAUCACAUUAGACAACCAGUUCAUCGCUGUUCCCCUCUCAUUGCCCGACGGGUUAUUAUUCUAUCAAGAAAGCCUCGCCCCGACCACUCAUUCCGUUCAACUGACCGCUCAGCCCGAUGUGAACUCUACACAGCAACUCGACUUCGAUCAGGCUAUAUUCACAAACACGAUCGACCAGGAUACCAAUGGUUUGGUCCCGGUCGUUUACGAAAAUUGGAACGGCACGCUGCAGUAUUCGGGGAACUGGGCCAACUUGUCUGGCGUAAACUGGAUACCGAACACUCAAGACCCUGCUCCCUAUGUAGAAACGAACCAAAGCUUGUCCUCGGUCUCGCUAACCUUCACAGAUGGUGUUGCAAUCGCCGUGAAUGGUCCGCGGAACUGGGGACACUGGACAUACAACAUCAGCCUGGAUGGCGAAGUAACUUCGUGGAACUGCAGUACGCUCUGGGGUAUCGGCGACACCGUAUUGUUCUACGAGAACAGCCUGGAUCCCACAAAACAGCAUACCAUCGAGAUGAUAAACACAGGCACGCAGGACUACUACAAACUGUCCCUGAAUUAUUUUACCGUCUAUGCCCUGGAUAACUCGAACGGCAGUGUCGCGUCUACAUCAAGCACCACAGCAAGCGUGUCGUCUAGUACGGCGCCACUCCCUCCCUCCAUAGCGACGGGCAAGAAGACUGACGUCGGGGUUAUCGUAGGUCCGGUGCUGGCCGGCGUAGUUAUUCUCGCGCUUACCCUGUUCGCCGCACUCUGGUGGUGGAGACGUCGUCGCCCGGCACCGCGACAAGAUCCUGUCGCGCCUUUCCCUAAGAACGACAGGCCAGAGAUCUGGGUCAAAGGACAGGAAGCAGGCAUUUCUCGCAAUCCCAUGGUCAGGGUCUACGAACCUAUCCAGGCUCCCAUUGUCUCUGUGAAACGAUCUGCUGCCAGGACGUCCAUCUCUGCGCCCUCCGUGCCUUCCGCAGAGACUCACGCGAGCGACAGUGGUCUGAGCGUGAGCCAGACGAGGCUCCUUCCAUCGCACUCCCAGCAACCGUCGAUAUCCAACUCGCAAUCUACCGGCGCUCCGGCCUCGAUGCCGACGCUGGAUGUCAAUCAACUGGUUGAAUUAAUUGCACAGAGGAUUGACCCGCGAACGAAUAUACCUCAAGGCGACGCACCACCACAAUACCCUGCUUCCUCUUAUUGA